GGGUCAUUUUCGUUAAUAUUUAAUACCGGAAAGCUUUCCAUAUGCGGCGUUUCGGGGCACACAGUUCGCGCCACUAUCUCCAAUGCAUCGGAUUACGGGGAUCGGGCUCACAGAGACGGGUGAAUUGUUUGCCAACAAAAUCAUUGCUAGAGGGGAACGUCUGACCUCUCCCUUGUGCAAUCAGAGACAUGAGUGUUGUCAGAGAAUUACAUGGAAUUGGGUACAGGGGCGGCGGCGGCGGUGGUGUUGUGGUCUCUCUGAGCGGCCCUUCCCACUUUACCGAGGAUGCUCCGCGACCCCCGGUUCCUGGUGAGGAGGGAUCUGAUUUGGACUACCAAGUCCAGUCAGCCAACACCCGUCCGAACACCCUUUCCCAAACACUUGGCUAUCCUCCGUCAUCCUCGUCUUCUAAAAUGGGGGAUCUAUCGAGCUACACGCCCUCGUCGUCGUCCGCGACCCCGCGUCGCCCGGAUCUGGACUUGGGUUACGAACCCGAGGGAUCGGCCUCGCCAACUCCACCGUACCUGAAGUGGGCCGAGUCGCUUCACUCUCUCCUGGACGACCAGGAGGGCAUCCAGCUCUUCCGGAACUUCCUCUGCCAGGAAGGGUGCGCGGACCUUCUCGAUUUCUGGUUCGCCUGCUCGGGGUUCAGGAAGACGAGCAAGGACAAGAGGGCAAAGCUGGCCAAGGCCAUCUACAGGAAGUACAUUGUGGACGGAAGUGGGAUCGUCUCCAGGCAGAUCAAAGCGGCCACCAAGAGCUUCAUCAGAGACUGUGUUGGAAAGCCGCAUCCAGACCCUGCCAUGUUUGAACAGGCCCAGACAGAGAUCCAGGGUGUGAUGGAGGAGAACACCUACCCGUUGUUUCUGAAGUCGGAUCUGUACCUGGAGUACACGCGUACGGGAGGAGAGAGCCCCAAGCCUAACCCCAGUGAUCAGAGCCCCUCGUCGGGGCUGGCGAAGCCUCUGCCUGGGUACUUGCCCACGCUCGCUGAGGAUGAGGAGUGGCGGUGUGGAGGAAGUGUGAGGGAGGGGGAGGAAGAGAAGGACGGCGACGAGGAGUGUGGAGACACACAAGCUGACAGGCUGACUCAGAGCCUGUUGAUGCUGUCGGCACCGCAUAGAACCUCGACCAACAGGAGGAGGCCGGACAGCAGAGAGUACAGGCCCUGUAGGGAGCCGGUGAAUCCGCACUACGCAAACAUGGGCUACGCUUGCGCUCCAGCAACCAGCGCCAACGACAGCGAGCAGCAGAGCAUGUCGAGCGACGCCGACACGCUGUCGCUGCCCGACAGCAGCGUAGAUGGUGUUCCUCCAUACAGCUAUCGGAAGCAGCAUCGCAAAGAGAUGCAUGAAAGUGCCAAAGUCAAUGGACGCGUGCCCCUACCUCAUAUACCUCGCACGUACCGCAUGCCAAAGGACAUCCACAUAGAGCCGGAGAGGUUUGCAGCCGAGCUCAUCAGCAGGCUGGAGACGGUCCUCCGAGAGCGAGAGGCUCAGGAAAGACUCGAGGAGAGGCUGAAGAGAGUCAGACUGGAAGAAGAAGGGGACGAUGCUGACGUCUCCGUGACGACCUCCGUGUCCUCUCACAGCGUCCCGCUCGCCUUACCCUCGUCGUUUCCGCCUCUCUACGGCGCCCGCUACUCGGAGACCACCGCUAACACGGCGGUCGCCACUUACGGCGGCAUGGUUGCCAUGGAGGAUUCCCAAGACGACGACCCGGAGUCCAUCCUGGAUGAGCACGUGCAGCGCGUGAUGAAAACGCCGGGCUGCCAGUCGCCGGGGGCGACCAACAGCACCGUAGGAGGAGGGGGUCGACACAGUCCUCCCAAAGCAUCGCGGUCACCCGACGGGGGGAUCUGCCCUCCAGGGAGGGGUCACAGUCUGCCUCCUGCGGGGGUCAAAGGUAUGCACCACCACAAGCAGCCGUACCACCACAGAGGACGAGAAGGGCAGGAGGAGGCGGGCUCUAGGUCUCAGGCCAACCUCAUGUGGAACGGAGACCCGGCCGGCCAGUACGCAGGGAGGAGCCGUAACUACGCCGACGGGGCCGGAGCCAGCACGCUCGAGGGCAUGGGCUACAGUAGUAAAGGCAGCACGCUCUCCCGGCGAGGCAGCAAGAAGACGCCGGAGCCGUCGGGCAAAGGGGACGAGAGUGGGCGUGGCAUGGAGGGCCAGGUACCGCUGGAGGACCUGGAGAGAAACCAGAAGAUCCUGCAGUGGAUGAUGGAAGGAGACCGACAAAGGAAGACCUCACAUGGCGGCAGCACCAGCAGCUCGAGGAGGACGGGGCCCAGCAGCGAGUCGCCGCACCCGACGUCGGUGGAGCGCCCGGGAGCCGUGCACCCGUGGGUGUCCGCCCAGCUGCGCAACAACCCCGUCUCGCUGUCCCCCGCCAUCCCCGGCUCGACGGCCGCCCAGGUCCAGCCCUCGCACCCUUUCAUCCAGGACCCGGCGAUGCCCCCCAACCCGGCGCCCAACCCCCUCACCCAGCUGGAGGAGGCGAGGAGGAGACUGGAGGAGGAGAGGAGGAGGAACGCACUACAGCAGGCCAAGCAGAGGCAUAAGUCUGGUAAGCGCCAAGUGUGUGAGAACAUGACGGUCGCCUACUACUUUUGUGGAGAGCCAAUCCCGUACCGGACAUCCGUCAAAGGCCGCGUGGUGACUUUGGGCCAGUUCAAGGAGCUGCUUACCAAAAAGGGCCAUUACAGGUUCUACUUCAAGAAAGUGAGCGACGAGUUUGACUGCGGCGUGGUGUUCGAGGAGGUGCGCGACGAUGACGCCAUCCUGCCCAUCUUCGAGGAGAAGAUCAUCGGGAAGGUGGAGAAGGUUGACUGAAACUUGGGAACCCGGAAGAUGACACAGAAUUUGGGAAGAAGAAGAAAAAAAGAUCAUUUGGAAGAAGGAAAGAAAAUUGUGGGGGGGGGGAGAGGAGCUAAAAAGAGAACGUUGGGGUUGUGAUGGAUGGAGGGGGGGGGGGGAAUGAAAUGAAAGAAAGUAGGAAGAUGGAAGGAGCCAUGUGUGAAGCCGGAGUGUAAAGGAGGUGCUUAUUUCCAUGGACUAACCGGACGUCGGCGUCACGCCUGGAUCGGAAUCCCUCGUGAGGCGUAGAAGCUCGGCCAUGAGAAAUACGGAAAAGGAAAUAAGGAAAGGAGCAUAAAUUAUUUCACCCGCCUUGUCUCCACUGGGGAUAUUUGAGGAACGCUGAUAUAAAAAAAAAAGAAAUCUGAUGUCUGACCAGUCUUCCGCUUCCACUGCGAUGGGUGGAAGAAGGGGGGGGGGGGGGUGAGGAGACUGCUGGAAGGAGAGGAUAAAGUCGUCUUCCGCUUCCGCCCCGGAGGAGUCUGUCCUCCGCAGACCAUUACGAUGCUGCUACAUUACCACGGAAACUAUUCAAUCGGUGCUUCGGGACGGUUGGAGGAAGCGGCCUCGCUGCCUUUUUUCCCCCGCCGUCUCUGUUCCUCAUCAGCUGGUGACAAGGGGGGAGGAGACGUAGGAUUUCGGGGAGUGGAACUUUUAGCCCGCUUCUCCUCUCGUUUGACUUCAAUCGCCUCAAAACGGAAAACGUUCUCGCCCCCUUGAUUCCUCGAUGUCGUGAUCUCUCACAUCCACAUGUUCAGACGACAGUUCUCGACAUAACUUGUUUACCAAAGCUACAUAUUUUUGAUAAGACAAGUGUCCUAGCUACUUGUUUCAUUUUAUUUGAAUUGUGUAUGUACAAGGCAGGUACUAUUACUUAUUAAUGCAGCCGUAUUUCGUUAUAUCUCAACUUUAAUGUUGUAUUAUUGUGUAUGUUUUGAAGCUAGUGCAUUAGUGAUUUCAGGGCAGCCAUUCUGUUUGUUUUUCCAUCUCUAUAAUACAUCCCUGCACCUCACUUUCUGUCCCGUUAACCUGAGUGCGUCGUUCGGUUUUCCUCCGCGAUGCAUUUUUAUUAUUUUUUUAUUCUGGUCUUCUCUUUUCUUUUUUUUCACCCGCACAAAUUGUCAUGAAAAAGAGCAGCGCACACUUGACGUGUGCCACCUUCGACCACAGUAUCCGUUGUGGUUUUUUUCUGGUGUUUUCGUUUUGUUUUUUUCGAACAGGUCACACUGUCGCCUCAUCUCCGUCGUGUUUUUCCUGCCACACUGUGUAUUUAACUCCGUACUCAGUCGAGCUGCCUGCCUGCCCGGCCAGCGCCGUUACGAUCUAGAAUGCUUAUUCUGAAGCGUGUCGGCGAGAGUCGGAAAAAAAGCCGGCGUCGUGUCUGCCUGAACUCAGCCAAAGAGCACGCCGUGCGUCGCGUAUGCCUUCAUGCGUGUUUCUGUCUGUGCGCUCCAAGUCCACGAGCAUCAAAUGUAUUAUUAUUAUAUUAUUUUUUUAAAUCGUGAGCAGAUGGGGAAUCUUCCCCGUUCUUGCAGAUUUCCCAACGUCACGCAUUGUCGCUCGACGCCGAGUUCAACAUCUGCGUCUCGUCUUAAAAAAAAAAAGAACAGUUUGACAGCUGAGGAAUUAUUUGUUCUUUUUCUUGCCGAGAGUUAUGUGAGAAAAUGAAUCGCCACUUUUCAUUUAGAGCGACGGGCUGCAGUCGGUUAGCACAGCUGAGCAUAAAGGCUGCGAUGGGGGAUUAAAGGGCAAAUAGCUAGUUUGGCUUUUGUACGGACUUUUCGAAUAAGAGUUGCAAGAAUUGAUUAUUUUCAUUACUGAUUAAUCUACAAAUCAAUUUAGGAUUGACUAUUUGUCGAGAAAAUGUCUUCGUCACAAUCAUUUCUUUUUGUGUGCGGCCAACAGUUCAAAACAUACAUUUUAAGCGGUUUUAUAACAAGCAAAUCUUGUUAUGCCAAUGUUUUGACCAAUUCUCAAACUGAACGUGACAUGUGAACCUGUCGAGCCUUAAAGAUGCUCGUAGGCUCCGGUCUUUAUGCUAAGCUAACCCUAGCCGCCUGACGCUCGGCAAAAAAAUAAAGAAGAGAUGAGCGUAUUCCCCCCCCCCCUCUCCCGAAUGUCAAACUAUUCCUUCAAACCUCUCGCGUCGGCACAGAACUGCAGUCGAGAACGUCGCGAAGCACCCCGCAGAGAGUGCACUUAUCACACACCAGCUAUGUAAGCUGAAUGUAAUUUGACUUUUUUUUUUUUUUUUACUUGUAUCUCCUCAAAGGAAAAGCCCCUUCUUUGGUCCUGUAAUCAUGUCCAGUCCUCAGUAUUGAUCUCUGACUGUCGGCCUGACUGCGUGUUUUGUGUUAUCGAUGAUGGUAGUUCAUUGAAUGUGUUCAUCAGACAAAGAGACCCGACUCUAGUCCUGCAGGAAAGUCAAAUACAAUUUGUCCCGGGUUUCGGCCCGGUGAGGGAAACGUAGGAUCGAGAAGAAAAAAACCCUAUUUGUCCUCACUUCAAACCCAUUAUGCCUUCAAUAUGAAAUUUAAAAUUUAGAUAUGUAUUUGUUUAUAUAAAAAAAAAAGUGUAAUUUUAAUAAUCACCAAGCAUGUUCUUUAUAAGGAAUGUUUUCCUGAUGAGUUGAAUUAUCUAUUUUUGUUUUAUCGUUUAUGUGCGAACUGCGACGCCCCCCUCUGCUAUAUUUUAACCGUUGUGUUGGAACGCCCAGAGACGGUUGAAUGACGACAUUUGUUAAGGAGUUGUUUCUUGUGAUUAUGAUUCGAUGGACAAAACGGAAAAACAACGGCGUCCGUCGCGUUGUCCGUUUGUGUGAAACACAGUGCCUUUAUCAUGUUAUCUUUCGAAAAAAUAUCUUUAUUGAACCAAUCCAUGCUUUUAUUGUUAAGUUUUUAUUUCCAGUCAGUCCCGUUGUAUUAUUAGCUGCGGUCACGCUUUGCCCACUUCUUGUUUUCCGAUAGAUCCGCUGCUGUAAAUAUGUACAUUAUCAUUUCAUAUAUGUCUUCAGACCCGCACCACAUGUCCAUGGUGUUUCUGUUUUUGGAAGGUAAACGCCAAGAUGUCACUGUGCUGGUUCCACUUGUACAUUUCUUUUAAAAAAGGUACUUCAUAAUAAAGAUGUUAAAUAAAUCAUU